CGUGGCCGUUGCAAGCUAACGGAAGUGUUUUGUCCGAAAUUGAAGUGCGUCAUUGAAAUAUUACAAAAAAAACUGUUCCUUGGAAAUUUUGCUAAUAAUAAUUACAUGCCGGUGCAUUUCACCAGAAUAUUUGUGCUUCCAUGAGAUCUCCAAACGGGAGUUCAAGUUGAAAAUGCGUUAUAAGUUGCAAUGCUCAUUAAUUUUUCUGUGCAUCUUCAUUAUUUUUACGCACACACCGAUGACGACACGGGCCUUGCGCUCAACUAAACUAAAUACGCUGAUCGAUGCUCUAUGACAUAGACGAGCUGGUGCCAUUUGAAAGUAAGCGCUCGAUGCCAUGCGAUUCAUGUGGGAAUGAGUGUACGAGUGUAUGUGGCACGAAAAAUUUUCGCACCUGUUGCUUCAAUUAUCUGCGCAAACGAAAUGAUCCAAAUGCCAUGAAAUCCUUCAGCAAUAAGCGUCUCAUCGAUUUCAUACUCCUACAAGGACGUGCCGCGAUGUACACCUUGGACGAGCACCACCGCAAUGGUAACGUUGGCGAUGAUGAAAGGGAGGAAAGCGGUGGUGGUGGAAGUUCCGGUAUUGUCGGGGAUGAGAAGACCUUUGCAGACAUUGGCAAUGGUCAUCGAAUUAGAAGCGCUCAUUUUCAUCACAGAAUCGUGUAAGAGGCACAUCAGCGGUGAAGUUUCGCACAUUUCCAGUUUGGGAGUGUGAACCUUUUUUUUGGAUGUUUAAGUUCUAGUUAUAGCUGGAAAGUUAAAAAGUUCUAUUGCAUAAAAAAUAUGUCUGCUGUUUGAAAUGUUGUUUUUAUAAUGAAUAAA